AUGGAAAACUUUUUAAUAGAAGUAAAAAAUAAAUUUGGAGAGAACUCUUUUCAGAAUAUUAUUUGGUGGAUCAAUUUGUUUCCGAGGGUUUUUGGAUUUUCUUACUUUAGUAGCAAAGUUCUAGGUAUGGCGCCGUUAAAGAAGAGUCCUAAUAGAGAAAUUUGUACGACAUUUUUCGUUUUACAAGCAAUUUUAGGAAUCUGUAUUACGGCUAGUUACGACGCAACCUUUUUAUUUAUCUUCGCUCAUACGGCGGCCAUGUUCGAAUUUCUUGAAGAAGAAACGAUGUCUCUGAAUGAUGGAGAAGAAAUUCCCACAGUUUCUGAGAGGAUAAAUAAAUUAGUUUACCGUCAUUCUUUAAUAUUAAAUACAGUUAAGGAGAUUCAAGAAAUUUAUAGCGUAACAAUCGGUGUGAGUUUUGGACUAGAAGCAAUUUCUAUGUGUAUAUUUUUUGUGUUGCCUUUGAAUUUAGCAUUUAAUUUUACACCAAUCAUUGUACACGGCAUGUUCGUUUUCUUUUUAUAUUGUUAUCAAGGACAGAAGAUAACUACGGCGGCUGAAAGAUUCCAAACGGCGGUAUAUUUUUGCGGAUGGGAGAAUUUUAAUAUCAAAGAACAGAAAAUGAUACUGAUUAUGUUAAGACAAUCACAAAAGCCCGUGAUAUUAAAAGCUGGAUCUGUGGUACCGGUUUGCAUUUAUACUUUUGCUUCAACUUUGCAGUCAAUAUAUAAAUUCGUAACUGCAUUCAAAACUUAA